UAGGUUCCGCCGGCAACUUAGUCCUAAUAUCAGUUAGUGUACGUUCAGAUCCACAGGAGACAAGACAUGAAAAUCUGGUUGCUGUUGGCUCUUGUUGGAUAUGUUUGGGCUUUGCCCGCACUAGACGAGAGUCAAGUUGGGGUUGAAGUCGUUUAUGGAGAUGACCCCGAUGCCAACCCCGAGGAGACCUCAGGCCUUUUUGAGGGAGAUAUUGACCUUCAACCUGGAGAGAAUCCUCUGCACAGGAACGCUAUUGCCGACAGAAGGCGGAGAUGGUCAGGCGGAGUUGUGCCAUACACAAUCUCCCAAACAUAUCCCAGUGCGGUGCAGAACAUCUUCCAUCAAGCGAUGUCUGAAAUCGAGACGAGGACAAAGGUGAACGGAAAGACGUGCAUCCACUUCAAACCCCACGCCGGAGAGGCGGGCUACGUCAAGUUUGUCACCGGAACUGGCUGCCACACGCCUGUCGGAUACAUUGGUCGCGAGUCGGACGUGACGAUUGGGCACGGGUGCGAGCGAAAGGGAACGGUCAUGCACGAGCUGCUGCACGCACUCGGCUUCUGGCACGAGCAGAGCAGGACGGACCGUGACAACUACGUCACCAUUCACUCCGAGAACAUCCAGAAAGGUCAUGAGGGUAACUUCAACAAAUACCCAGUUGGCUACAUCGACAUGCUGGGUCAACCCUACGACUACGGAAGCAUCAUGCAUUACAGCGCCUACGCUUUUGCCAUUGACCGCACCAAGAUGACCAUUGAACCCAAGCAGCACGGAGUGACCAUUGGUCAGCGAAUCGCCCUGAGCCCCACGGACGUCAAGGAGAUUCAGCUUCUUUACGACUGCAUCCCCCCGGACCACAGUGGGACAACUUCCGCCUUUGUGACAAGUGCCCCGAUAACCACACAGGCACCGCCUUCGGGAUCGGACGUGUGUACUUUCCAGUCUAACAUGUGUCACUGGAGGAACUCUAACGCUGACACGAUGCAGUGGACCCGUCACAAGGGACCCACUCCUAGCAGUAGCACCGGACCCACCUCUGACCACACCAAUAACCCAAACAACUACUAUCUGUACUUGGAGGCUUCCGGUCACACCAACAAGGUGGCUAAGUUGGAUUCCAAGGCGUUCGCAGGGGGUGACUACUGCGUCGACUUCUACUACAACUUGCAUGGCGUUAAUAUCGGCAGCUUGACCCUUAAUGUGGUGGCUGGGACCACGAUAUACCACCUGAAGACAUGGUCGGGUGAACAUGGUGAACACUGGUAUCAUCAGAGAUUGAACGCACACAUCCACACCACCGGUACAUUCAAGUUUGAGUUCGAGGGUCACACUGGUGGCGGCUACCAUGCUGACAUGGCUAUCGACGAUAUCGUCAUUCACCCUGGAAACUGUUAAUUUUAGUGGCGAAUUUUACUCACAUUUAUAUCUUAGAAAUAAAUGUUAUAACGUA